AUGACUGUUCCAAACUUUUCACUAAAGUUAACAUCCUGUGACCCCAGCACUCUCCGGUCCAGUAAUCCCAGCACCUCCAGUACCAGACCCAGUGACCCCAGCACUCUCCGCACCUCCAGUACCAGACCCAGUGACCCCCAGCACUCUCCGUCCAGUAAUCCCAGCACCUCCAGUACCAGACCCAGUGACCCCCAGCACUCUCCGUCCAGUAAUCCCAGCACCUCCAGUACCAGACCCAGUGACCUCAAAACUCUCCGGUCCAGUAAUCCCAGCACCUCCAGUACCAGACCCAGUGACCCCAGCACUCUCCGGUCCAGUAAUCCCAGCACCAACAGUACCAGACCCAGUGACCCCAGCACUCUCCGUAAUACCAGCACCUCCAGUACCAGUAAUCCCAGCACCUACAGUACCAGCCCCAGUGACCCCAGGACACUCCGGUCCAGUAAUCCCAGCACCUCCAGACCCAGUGACCCCAGCACUCUCCGGUCCAGUAAUCCCAGCACCUACAGUACCAGACCCAGUGACCCCAGCACUCUCCGGUCCAGUAAUCCCAGCAUCUCCAGACGCAGUGACCCCAGCACUCUCCGGUCCAGUAAUCCCAGUACCAGACCCAGUGACCCCAGCACUCUCCGGUCCAUUAAUCCCAGUACCCCCAGUACCAGACCCAGUGACCCCAGCACUCUCCGGUCCAGUAAUCCCAGCACCUCCACACCCAGGUCCCGUUUUACACCCAGGCUCAGUAAGGGGUCCCUCCCAAAAUCAUGA